AUGGUAUCAAGAGCCACCAUGGGAGAUCAAGAAUCCAUCAGUCCGCUCCCUCCCUCCUACACAGCCAUCUCUGCUUCAACCUCCACCGCCUUCAACAUUCCAGCCAAUCUCAAAUUCCUGGUUUCUAACAUCAAGAACUUAAUUCCCUACUCCCUCACGUCUGAAAAUUAUCCCAUAUGGCGGACACAAAUUCUUCAACAGUUCCUUGCCAAUGAUUACGCCGGUCAUCUCACGGGGCAAAAUUCUCCUCCGGUAGACGCUUCCACCGUUGAGUACAAAAUCUGGCAAACCGCUGACAGUAAUCUCCUCUCUGCUUUAUUCUCUACGAUUUCUCAAUAUAUUCUUCCUUAUAUCAUCACCUCCACCACCACUCAUGAGGCAUGGACGGUUCUUGAACGUCGUCUCCAACCAACAAGCCGCUCCCGCGUCAUCCAGUUAAAGAAUGAACUAUACCACGUUCAACUCAAAGAUCUUAGCAUUCAACUAUACCUUUCCCAUAUCAAAUCUAUUGUGGACAAUAUCUCUGCCUCCGGAUCCAAGAUAGAUCCCGAAGAUACGAUCAUCCACUUUCUUUUAUCGUUCCAAGAAUUUUAUGCAUUCUCCACGCAGUCAUGGGCUUCACCAUCAGGCAGGCCAAGUGUACCUAGCCAUUCUUCAUUGUAUUUAAAGCAUUAUGCAGUUGUGCCUGCAUUUGGAGUCCUGCCACCUCCAGCCAUUCGCCCUCAACACUUGCCUCCAAAUGUUAUACGACUACUAUUUUAA